AGGCCCGCGGCGGCCGAGGAGGAGGUGCAGCCCGCAGCGGCCGGGGACGCGGCUGAGGAGGCUGAGGCCGAAAUCAUCCAGCUGCUGAAGCGAGCCAAGUUGAGUAUCAUGAAAGAUGAGCCAGAAGAAGCUGAGCUAAUUUUGCAUGAUGCUCUCCGUCUUGCCUAUCAGAGCAGAAACAAUAAGGCCAUCACCUACACCUAUGAUUUGAUGGCCAACUUAGCAUUUAUACGUGGUGAACUUGAAAAUGCAGAAAAACUUUUUAAAGCAACAAUGAGUUAUCUGCUUGGAGGGGGCAUGAAGCAGGAAGACAAUGCAAUCGUUGAGAUCUCCUUAAAGCUGGCCAGUAUCUAUGCUGCUCAAAAUAGAGAGGAAUUUGCUCUUGCUGGCUAUGAAUACUGCAUUUCAACUCUAGAGGGGAAAAUGGAAAGAGAAGAUGAACUAGCUGAAGACAUUCUGUCAGUGGAAGAGAAAGCCGAUACCCACCUCCUCCUAGGCAUGUGCUUAGACGCCUAUGCUCGCUACCUUCUGUGGACCAAGCAGCCUUCACAGGCACAGAAGAUGUAUGAGAAAGCUUUGAAGAUUUCUGAAGAAAUACAAGGAGAAACACACCCACAGACCAUUGUGCUGAUGAACGACCUGGCUACCUCUCUGGAUGCACAAGGGCACUUCGACGAAGCCUUCACUUACGUGCAGAGGGCGUCCGAACUGGCAAGAGAGACUAGACACCCUGAGUUGCACAUGGUACUCAGUAAUCUAGCCGCAAUUCUGAUGCACAGGGAAAGAUAUCCGCAAGCCAAAGAGAUCUACCAGGAAGCACUGAAGCAAGCAGAGAUGAAGAAAGAUGAGGUGUCCAUACAGCACAUCAGAGAAGAGUUGGCUGAGCUGUCAAGAAAAAAGUAGACCUUUGAUUUAAUUUUAUCUAGCUCUAAAUUAAUUUUUAUUG